CGCGUCCAGUCGUGUGCGCGCUGAGACUCGUGACGCUGUGUGGUCCUGUGUGGCUGAACAAGUGACCUCUUCAAGCUACUUGAGAUAUAUUGAUUGUGUGGUGAAUUUUAAUAAUCUAUUAAAGAGGCAAAUAUUUGUUUUUCGCCUGACCGGAGGAGUCUAAAUAUUUACUUAAAUAAUUGUUGGUUAUUGAUACUAAUGUUAUGUGGAAGCAAGUGUUUAUAGACAUUAUCCGUUGUCUUUGUGAAUAGUGUUUAAAUCGGUGGAUUACUGCAAACUUUUAGUGACUAGUCGAAAUGAUUAAGACGGAAGAACAUGCAGAUUCCAGCGCGAUUAGUGCUCCCGGAGGUUAUCAUUACCGGAAUAUUUCCUCCAAUAUUGUGGUAGCCACUCCGCAUAUCAUCGAGAAUCCAGCGCUGCAAGUUAUGGACGACAAAAUGUCCAUGAACCAUUAUCAUUAUCAUGGAGCGGUUCACUCAUCUCAGAUCGAUAUAAAAAAUGAAAUGGAUGAGCGGAAUUCUCCAGCCUAUCAUAUCGCGGAUAUGAAAAUGGAUUCGGAUAAAAUCCCUUCGAUGUAUCAUCACUUUGAUAAGAUCUCCACAUACUACAUCAAUCGAUCGCCUUACCUCAUAUCACAGAUCAAUGAAGACACGGAUUACACCGAGCCUCGCACAUCCUAUCUGUCCCAGCUGGAUAGUUCGAUAAACACUAUGAAAUUGACUGAAAACGUAUCCGUGCCACCAAUAAUAAACUACCAGUCCCUAGCACACACGGAUUUAUCAUCGCUUCAGCGCUGUCGUAGUAAUGGAAGCAGUGGGGGACACAUUUCUCCGACAUCAUCAAUCAACUCGACGCCCACUAUUACCACUGCUCAAUCGAUCAUCCACGCGAACAGCACCAGUGGGGGUCACAUUACCGUAAACCAGAAUCCAGCGAUGCCGAACUCACCUUCGGCUUCUCCGAUCACACCGGCAGCUUCACCUCCCUUGCCAAGCUCAACCCAAACAGCGAUAGUUAGCAUGGACAGCAAUGGUUCCAAUGGACAGAAGAAAAUGUCGGGCGUGUCUGGGAGCGGGGAACAGCAGUUGACCAGUACAACGGGAUCUGGAGAAAGUAGCACCAAAAAGACUAGCGGAGGUCGACGACAGGAGAAGCCGCAACUGAGCUAUAUCAAUAUGAUUGUAAUGGCUAUCAAGGAUUCACCACACCGGAGGAGAACCCUCAGCGAAAUCUAUAAAUAUUUGCAAUCGAAGUACGACUUUUUCAACGGCGAGUAUAACGGCUGGAAGAAUUCGGUUCGACACAACUUAAGCUUGAACGAGUGCUUCAAGAAACUCCCCAAAGAAUGUGGUAAGCCAGGCAAGGGCCACUACUGGACGAUAGACGCUUCGGCAGAGUACAUGUUCGAAGACGAGGGCAGUCUGAGGCGGAGACCACGCGGUUUCCGGCGAAAGCAACAGCUGAAGGCAUUCACCGGUGGCAGUGCUUUCUAUCCGGCGGGCAGCACUGGGUACGAAAUUACCGUUCCCGAAAUGCCGAACAGCUACUUAUCUCAGCCCUACGCCUCAUACGAUUAUCCCAACGCGAAUGGGCAAUCAUUUUCCGACUCGUGGCACUAUCCGGCGGAGGGAUUGACUCAAUACUCGAAGAUCACCCACACCUCUUUGCACGAUCCGCAACCACCGAGUUCCCCCGGACAGCAGAAUCAAACCUCAAGUGGGCUUGACUACGGCAAUUAUUCGUUCGCUGCCAGCCCAUACAAUAUCGAUAAUGGUAUCAAGAUGGCCUCCCUUCCACCAAUGGCACAGUCUGCGUCAUCGACGGUGGGAUCAGUGUCCGUGUCGCCAUCGUUACCACCCGCUGGAAGUAGCAUAAUAGGAUCGGUGUCAAUGGCAACAAAUGGCGGAGCACAGUCUUCUUCCAUGGAAGCAGUCACCGGCAUGGAUUGCGGCAAGGUGAUAACCGGUUACUCUGGUUCCCUGGGAAACCAUUCGUCCAUGCUGGCAUCGCAACAUCUGCACCAUCAUCAUCAUCACCACCAUCAUCCCCAGCAUGGUGGAUGUGGAUCUAAUGCUGGCGUAAACACAGUGCUAACGUCGAAUAUGUCCUAUGACCAUGGAAAAUAUGUGAAUUAAUGGAAAGAGGGGUGACAAGUAGUUAUAGACUUGACGAAAAGGCGUGAUAGGAACAUUAAAAUACUAAUUGUUGGAUGAGUAUAUUAUAAUUGUGCGUUUCGGUAGAAGUGAAUUAGUUUUCACGAUUGCAGCAAACCUUGUA